UGCCAAACAUUGAUUGUUGAUUCAGCAUUGAUAUCUUUUCAGCUCAAUUGUGAUGCAAGAUACUAAAACGGAAGCUGGUGCCAAUACAGUGAAGUUGUGUCUUCUAAUAUUGAGCUGCAUUGCCGAGGACCAAUACGCAAAUUCAAUUAUGCAUGAUAUUAGUCUUACGUUUAAAGUGCACUUGCAUAAAUUGCCUAUGCGACAUAGAAAACCAUCUACCGAUCGCACUACAUCAUCACAACCAUUAGCUUCAACCUUACUAGAUUUACUUGUGGAAUUUGUUAUGAGUCAUAUGAUGAAGAAACUGCCCAUGGAGCUGUAUCUGUUAUGCCUAGGUGUAAUCCAUCGGAUAUUGUGUUAUCAAAAAAAGUGCCGAAUAAGAAUUAAUUAUCCUUGGAAGGACUUGUGGGCAGCAUUAAUCACUCUCUUACGUUUCCUUGUUCAGCAUGAGAGCAAUCUUUCCAAAAAAAUGAAUAUAUUUGAUUUAUCGUUGCAAGUGACGAACAUUUUCAAUUUAUUUAUUACAUACGGAGAUACAUUUUUACCGACACCUGGUAGUUACGAUGAGUUAUAUUACGAAAUAAUUCGUAUGCACCAGGUGUUUGAUAAUGUGUACUCCAUGGGCUUGAGAUAUGCAACGGGCGAUGGAGAGUUUAAAGACAAUGCCCAGAAAUUAAAUAAUAAUUUGAUAAACAUUCGCGCAAUCAUAAAACAUUUUUCGCCAAAAAUUGAACAAUGGUUAACUUCACAAAGCUUAUCAACUCCGACUGAAGAUCAAAUUUUAGAUGUCGUUAAGAAAAAUUAUGAUAGUCUGACCCUCAAACUUCAAGAUUCUUUGGACCAAUAUGAUAGAUACUCCGAGAAGCCUAAGCAUACAACGUUUUUCAUUAGCAUGUUACGAACUGUUGUAAAUGACACCCGAUUAAAUAUUGAUUUUGCAUCUGUAAAUCUUAAUCUUAUAUUGCAAGAUUUUUCCUCGAUAUCGUGAAUGAAAUUAAUUCCUAGAUGUAAAUUUAAAUUUGUAUACCUAAUUUAGUUUUUGCGGAAUUAUUAUUACAUGAGAGCUUUAAUUUUCAUAAUAAAUAUAUCAUGUAUUUAGAGAUAAA